GUAGUAAUAGAAGAAUACAAAAUAAUUGUUCCACUUCUUCUGAUUCGUGUGGCACUAUUGUGAUUGAUAAAAAGUUUUUAUUUAAUAUAAAAUAAAAUUAAGCAACAAGUGAAAAAUAUUUUAAAUAAAUAUUGGAUUAAUAAUUAAAAAGUGUUCUUUUUUUUUAACAUAAGCAUAACAUUGGUGUAGAUAUUUUACAACGUCCAGUAGUUACUACGGACUAGUAGUUGAAAUUAAAUUAAAAAUAAAAAAACAAUUUCUAUCAAUAAUCCCGAGUGUUAUAUUAUUUUAAAAACUCCCUCCAAAAAAUAGUACUGAGUGUCCUUACAACGGAAAACCUUGAAUUUUCCGCUUACCACCGUCUUUUAAGGCGGAACAGUUCUUUGCGUUAUCUAAGGAAUACUAUAAUAAAUAGUAGUACAAUUGUAUGCCAAGAUGUCGGAUAUAGAUAACAUUAUUUCCGAAUUACAACGUUUCAGUUGGCUUGACUAUGUCGUGUUUGUCGCCAUGUUUGUGCUGUGCAUAUUCAUUGGCAUUUAUUUUGGCUUCAUGAAGAAAUCUGUUGGAGAAUCAGACUAUCUUAUGGGUGGUCGUAAUAUGUUAAUUUUUCCCAUUGCAUUAUCUUUGGUGGCCAGUUUUAUAUCGGGCAUUACACUGCUGGGUCUACCCACGGAAGUGUAUUCGUAUGGUAUACAGUAUACCUAUGUUGGACUUGGUGUUAUAUGUAUGGGAUUUGUAAUGGGCAUAUUUUAUUUGCCUGUUUUUCAUAAUUUAAGCAUUACAUCGACUUAUGAGUACCUUGAAAGUCGUUUUGAUAUCAGAUUACGUAUGUUUGGAUCAGUUAUGUUCACUAUCAUGAAUAUUGGUUAUUUGCCGAUUGUAAUUUAUGUACCAGCAUUGGCCUUCAAUCAGGUCACUGGAGUGGCAGUACACACCAUCACACCCAUUGUCUGUAUAAUUUGUGUCUUCUAUACAAGUUUGGGUGGUCUUAAAGCUGUCGUUUGGACUGAUGUUGUACAAACUAUAUCGAUGAUAGGUGCUUUGGUAAUGGUGGCUAUUAAGGGCAGCAUGGAUAUAGGAGGAGCUUCUAAAGUUUUACAAGAAGCCUGGGAUUCGGGUAGAAUCGAAAGGCCAGAUUUUAAUAUAAAUCCCACGGUAAGACAUACCCUUUGGUCACAAGUAAUUGGUGGAGUUUUCUAUUGGACACAAUCAAAUGCUGUUUCUCAAAAUAUGAUACAAAGAUAUUUAGCUUUGCCAACAUUAGGGGCAGCACGCAAGGCCUUGUGUCUAUUUUGCUUGGGUGUUUUAAUCUUAAUGGCUCUUUGCAGUUUUAAUGGUUUAUUAAUCUAUGCUACCUACAAGGAUUGUGAUCCCUUAACUACUAAGUUGGCCAAGGCACGUGAUCAGUUGUUGCCCUUGUUUGUUAUGAAAACUUUGGGUGAAUAUCCCGGCUUAACAGGUCUAUUUAUUGCCGGAGUUUUUAGUGCUGCUUUGAGUUCUUUAUCUACCUGUUUAAAUUCCAUGUCAGCUGUAGUUUUAGAAGAUUUUAUUAAGCCUUUUAUGGGUCGACCUUUAUCUGACACGGCCCAUAUGUGGAUUAUGCGUUCUGUGGUUGUAGGAGUUGGUGCUUUGUGUGUAGGUCUUGUUUAUGUAGUAGAACAUAUGGGUACAGUUUUACAAUUGGCCAUGAGUUUGGAAGCCAUUACUAAUGGUCCUCUGUUGGGUAUAUUUACUAUUGGCAUUUUUAUGCCCUGGAUUAAUGGUCAUAGUUCUCUACUUGGUGGUGUUUUGGGUGUAAUGGCCAUGUCUUGGAUUAGUUUAAAAAAUCAAUGGGCUGUUGCCUCUGGUGCUUUAAAAUAUCAAACUAAACCUUUAACGGUUGAACAUUGUGAUUAUCGUUUUGAAUCUGUAUUUAUGUCAACUGCCAAUACUACUUCUAUAAUGCAUGAAACCGCAGAUGACAUCUUUCCUUUGUACCGCAUUUCUUAUAUGUGGUACACUUGCUUGGGUGCAGUCAUAACUAUUGUUAUUGCCAUCAUCUGUACGUUUAUCUUUGGUGGCAAUGAUCCAAAUAAAGUUGAUCCAUGUCUACUGACACCUUGUAUACGUAAAUAUUUUAAUUAUAGUGGAGAAGAUUUAAAAUCUAAGAAUAUCCAAAAUGACAUUCCAUUGAAAAACAAAAUAUUGGCCGAUGAAGUAGCUCUUUAGAGGAGUUUUCAACAUAAGCGUCCGAGUCUCAUUAAAGCAAAUUUAAUAAAUUGUUGUAAAUACUUUAAUUUUAUAAAGAUUAUUUAAGUAUGUUAUUAGUAAAAUAUAGAUUGGCAAUUAGAUCAAAUGUAUGUAUAUGUCCUUUGUAUUAGAGUGGUUUAUUUAUAUUUCUAGAAUUAUAAGCAGAUUAAAUAAAACUAUAUUACAUUAUUGACAAAUUUAAAAGCAACUAUUUUGUUGUGACAAAAUAUAGUGAAUAAUUUGUUUAAAAUAAUUUACAACUUCCAUCUAUCCAUAUGUUGAACACGAUCGAUCUAGCGCUGAUCGUGUAUAAAACUUUAUUGUAAUUGUAUGAAUAAUAUAUAAAUGUUUUAUGUUUGUAAGAAUUUUAUUAUUAAUUUUAUUAACAAUUUUUAAUCAAAUACUAUUAAAUAUAAUUUACUUUUAUAAGAUUGUAUAAAUAAAUACGCAAUUAGU